AUGACACCCCCAAGUACGACAACCACUACAACUGCCAAAACGACUACCACAACAACCACUACUGCCACAUCUACGACUACAACUACUACAGCUAGACCAACAACUACUACCACAACAACUACUACUGCUAGACCUACGACUACCACAACAACUACUACCAGACCGUCGACUUCAACUACACCCAGACCUACAACUACCAUAACUACUCCAAUGACUACUACAACAACAAUCGAACCUACAGAAAUGGAGAAAUUACCCGAUGUUGAGUGGGAUGAUGAGACUUACGAUUCCAAUUUCGCCGAUGGCGAAGAUGGUGACGAUGCGGACUAUGAAGCUGAAAUGUCACCGAACCCAUUUGAUGAUGACGAAGAGAAGACAGAAAAUUUAAAAAUGGAAAAAGAAGAAAAAACAACAGAAGGUCCAUCGUCUGGAUUUAAUCCAUUUAAAUUGUUUUAG